GCUGACGUCUUUCACAGCGCGCGCAGAGCUAGCUAGUUUGCCACCACGACUACCAAAACCAGAUUACCGUGGAGAGAGAGACGCAGAUGGUCAUGUCGGAGAGUAGGAGCAAAGAUGCGGUACCGAACGGUGCAGCCCAUAGCACUAGUACAGAGCCACACGUGGCCAGACCAAAUAUUGGCAACAGAGUGACUGUAGUGCUUGGGGCUCAAUGGGGCGACGAGGGCAAAGGGAAGGUUGUGGACCUGCUCGCUCAGGACGCUGAUAUCGUUUGCAGAUGCCAGGGUGGCAACAAUGCAGGACACACGGUGGUGGUGGACUCUGUGGAGUAUGACUUCCAUCUUCUACCCAGCGGCAUUAUCAACCCCAAAGUCACGGCUUUCAUUGGUAAUGGGGUAGUGAUCCACCUGCCUGGCCUCUUCGAGGAGGCUGAGAAGAAUGUGUGCAAAGGCAAAAGUCUGGAGGGCUGGGACAAGAGGCUGAUCAUUUCAGACAGAGCACACAUUGUUUUUGAUUUCCACCAAGCGGUCGACGGUGUGCAAGAGCAGCAGAGACAAGAGCAAGCAGGCAAGAACCUCGGAACAACGAAAAAGGGGAUUGGCCCUGUGUACUCAGCCAAAGCAGCCCGUAGCGGCCUCCGGAUAUGUGAUCUCAUGUCUGACUUCACGCAGUUCUCUGAAAGAUUUAAAGUCUUAGCCUCACAGUAUCAGUCUAUGUAUCCGACCCUGGUGAUUGACAUCGAUGGGGAGUUGUCGAAGUUGAGGGAUUACGUGGAGAAGGUAAAGCCUAUGGUGAGAGAUGGGGUCUUUUACAUGUACGGGGCCUUACAUGGACCUCCCAAAAAUAUCCUGGUGGAAGGAGCCAACGCCGCCCUCUUGGAUAUUGACUUCGGGACAUACCCUUUCGUGACCUCGUCUAACUGCACAGUGGGCGGGGUGUGUACGGGGCUAGGCAUGCCGCCCCAGAACGUGGGUGAGGUGUAUGGCGUGGUCAAGGCCUACACCACCCGGGUUGGCAUCGGAGCCUUUCCCUCAGAGCAGUUCAAUGACAUUGGGGAGCUCCUGCAGACAAGGGGGAAAGAAGUGGGUGUAACCACGGGCCGUAAAAGGAGAUGUGGUUGGCUGGACCUGGUGCUCAUCAAAUAUGCCCACAUGAUCAACGGCUUCACUGCCUUAGCUCUCACCAAACUAGACAUCUUGGAUGUGCUCCCAGAGAUCAAAGUUGGUGUGUCGUACUCUGUGAACGGUGAAAAUAUACCUAAUUUUCCAGCCAACCAGGAAGUCUUACAGAGUGUUGAGGUUCAGUAUGACACCCUGCCAGGUUGGAACAGUGACACCUCCACCGCCAGAACAUUUGAUGAGCUGCCAGAGAACGCCCAGAAAUACGUCCGCUACAUUGAGGAGCACCUCGGUGUGCCCGUGAAAUGGAUUGGCGUAGGCAAGUCUCGGGAGUCCAUGAUCCAGAUCUUCUAAGGUCUUCUCUACACUGUAGCCACCACCAAACCAGACCCUCAGUCCACCCUCUCUUCCGAUGGUUACCUGGUUCCAGUGGCCUGGGAAACUGGUUCUAUGCUAUGCCACUCCUCGGUCCCCAACUCACUUCCACACCACAGACACCAACCUGGGAGCUGCUCCUGGGGAUGCUCUUAUCAUCCUAUCCAUGAUCCCGCUCUCUCCUUAUUCUCUCUCUGUCUCUCUGUCUCUGAAGACCUGUGUGGAAUUCUUCAAAAUGGCUGCCUCAGGCGUUAACAGGGAAGUACACUUCAGUUGCUUGCCAGCCUACGUCUGUUACUCCCCAUGUUUGGUUUGUCAGAAAGCCCUCAGAGCUGCCUCUGGCCUUUCUUUAUGGAUCUGUUAUCCUGAUAUCCUUGCAUACGCACACCACACACACUCAAAUCACACACAAAACCACACUCAAAUCCAGGUGUGUGACACUGUCAUUGACCCGUCUGCAAGCCAAUGUCAGAAACGAUAUGACCAUGUUCAUGUGUACAGUACUGCAGUGGGACUUGGUUGAUUCAUACACCAAUUGUCUGUGCCUGUUCUGUGAUGAAAACAGUUUGUGUAAAUGUGUUCUUAUGCCUAGCAUGGGCCAAGGAGCCCAUGGCCAUGAAACGACCCACACGAGCAACUUAAGAUACAAAGUUUCUAUAUGGACAACUGUCAAUGUCUCUGUAUACAAUUGUAAUAAUGGCAGGAAAUGUAGAAUAUGUUGCUACUGUUAUAAUGACCUUGUUCCACGCAACAUAGUUGCCAUUACUAGAGAUACAAUCUUAAAUGGGCAUUUUAGAGGUGUCACAAUCAAACAACCUCUUAGUAAUUUCCCCAGCUGACUAGAAAUUAGUUUUUAUUUCAAAGCAGUAGAAAGCUGUGUUACUACUGGACAUUAAAACAGGGGUCAGUUAACAUUUUGAUAGGUGAUCUUCUAUCAAACUCCACAUUGAAAUGACGUAAGAAUGUAUUUCAAUGCUAUUCUAAGUUUAAACUCCAACGCAAACACAUGAUGUUGAUAUGCUAAACUCUAGUCUCAGGACUUCUACUCAAUCACAACAUUUACAUUACAUUUACAUUUAAGUCAUUUAGCAGACGCUCUUAUCCAGAGCGACUUACAAAUUGGUGCAUACAGUGUAUAUAUUUUACUUAUAUUUUAAUGAUUUUAGGACUAGGUAUGAUGGAUUAUUUUCUGCAACUGCUGGAUGUGUGGGUUUUCUGCAGAUGUAGCGUAUUAGACAUCAGAUCGCCUCCUGACUCUGUAACAACUAUAUAGAACUUUUGCUUUUAUAAACUGGAGCUGUUUAAGUGAAAUGGAAUUGAAUCAUGGGUUUUCCCAUCACUGAUAUACAAUCUAAAUAUUUCAAAUUAAGAUUUUUAAAGACAUGAAAGGACCUCUUCUGUUUAUGUACUCGAUCCAUACAUCAACACCGGAGUUGCUUGAUUUUUCAUGGUAAAGUUGUUACGAGGAAAGGAGUGUAUUCAAGUUUGACUUUGUACCUUGAAUGACAGUUGUCGAAGGGUGCCUAUUCAUGCAGAGAUGGAGGACUACUCAUACAAUAUCAGUUUGCCUUUGUGUCUGUAGGUCUCUACAGAGAAGGCUGUAGGCUCCUGUGAAAUAAUGGGUUUCUACGUUGGUGGCGAAGUGCUUUCUCUUUCAAAUAUGGAAGUGUCAAACUAGUGUCACAAUACAUAGUUACUAUCUGUCAGGUACAUUGUUAGGUCUGUCUUCAGUAGAGCAGUUAUCUCUGCUAGGCCUAUAUGAUGUCAGUCCUUGUUCUUCUCCUGUGUCUUUUUGAUUCUAAGAUUAUAUCAGCGAUUAUGGUAUUCAGCUAAAGUAUACUCAGUGUGAAGAUGAAAACAUGCACUGGAAAUUAAACUAAUGGGAUGUCUUUAAA